ACUGUAUUUAAGUCCAACGCACACGUUGCAAAUUUGGCUUUUAUACUUGUUGUCGAAAAACGUUCAUAGAUAUAUUCGUUUGAGAAAUAUACUUGAAAAAUUAAGACAUCAUAUUACAUAACUAUCUGAAGUGCAUAAAGGUGUUUACCAUUUUCGAGCGUGAACGUUUAAAAGAACAAAACCAGAUUACUUGAAGAUAUACAAUCGUAAUACGAAAUAAUAGACACAAACAAGUAUGGAAUCAUUUGCAAUGAAAGUCGCAGUGCUAGUGCUGGCAGCGGUACAUUCAACGAAGUCGGCACCUCUUAGCAGUGACCACACCGUUUCGUUUUCCGUUGGACUUUCAAGCACGCAGAAUGUGUACAAUAAGGACACUAUAAAAUAUGACAUUAUAUUUGUCAAUGAGCACAAUGGUUAUAACCCAUCCACUGGAGUUUUUACUUGCCCUGUUCCUGGCCUCUAUGUCUUUCACUUCCACGCCUACAGUUCGAACAAAGACACCAUCAUGUGGUUGGACCUACUUCACAAUGGCAAUGUUAUGGUGAGCGUCAGUGGCUACAAUUCACACACGGUCGGUAGCCAAACCGUGCUGCUCAAGUUACAGCUAGGUGACAGAGUCCAGAUCCAGUCAAAAGAGUCCCAGGAGUUUGCUCUCUUCGGUCUUCCACAACAGAUUUACUCAACCUUUACAGGAUAUGUCUUACAUCCUGACUCUCAUCAGCACUUGCAUGAUUCUGGUUCGGCCGCGGUCGGCAAAUAGAAACGAUCUCUACAAGUCUAAUUUCAAAUACUAAUAUUACUGUAUGAAUUGUAAUAUCUUUACCCAUAUUUUUAUGUAAUUGGUCAGAAAAAAAAAACGAUUUUCUGUAUAUUGAUAUAACUCUUGAUAAAACAAAAUAGAUAUAUGAAAAGAACCUGCUUUAAAUGUCCGCAAAAAUCUAUGCUUUAAGUGAAUUGAUAGAGUAAGAUUGUAUCUUUCUGUUUUAACAUCUACAUAUUUGGUCGUAUUGCAUACCACAACAGUUCUAAAUAAAAAAUAAACUGUAGAUUAAUGCCUUUGUUUAUUGUUACCAGUGGGAAGCAUUGGUAUUUCUCACAAAUCUAAAUCCCAGUGUUUAGAAAAAAAGUUUUGAAGCUUUUAGUAGUGUUGAAAGGUUUAAUAGUAUAUAAUGAUAAUGAUUCCAUAAAAACAUGUCAACAAAUGCACGUACACCCAGAAAAGAAGAAAAAAGAGUUGUCGCUUCUGUUCACUUGAGUUUUGUAAUAAACAAUAGACACUCUCUUCAUAUUUUAAUCUGGUGUGUUUUCUUUUUUUUCUUUUGAGAGACUCAUUUGUUUCCUUUGUUUAUAAUCUCUGUAAAAAGAUAAAAUUAAGAUUCAAACAUCUGUAAUAUUAGCUCGAAAGCACUGUAAUGUUUUUGCCAAUAUUUUUUGGAUCGUUAUUUAUCAAUAAAGACUUUGUUUUUCAUCUUUCCACUUUUGUUAAUACUUUAUUCUUCCGUUAAUUAGGCGUUAGUCAUGAGUGUUAUUGGUAAUUCUUUAGGUUAUGGUAUGAGUAAGUAUUCGCUAAUUUCUUUAAUUUGAUCACUUUUAUUGUGAAGAGAGGAACUAUUACUCACUUUUGAAAAAUAUUCGCUGAAUAAAAUAUAGAAUUGGUUUA